AUGCGCAAGACUCGCGACAGCGCAGUCAAUCCUGCGUGGUUCCCAUGGCCGAACAAAGUAGUUUGUGUUCUCGAUAUUCUUCGAAAUCUCCCUCGAUCCCUCUUGUCCGACACGCAGAUGGAAAUCAUCACAUGGGGAAUGAUGAACCUUGGCAUCGACGACCUACCCUCCAUCUCCUCCCUCAAGGACACUUUUGGUGGGCUGCAACAGCGCUACGGCAUCAGGACGACGCGUCGCGAAGGCGCCCUCGGUCAUGUUUACUACACUAACAGUUUGGCAGAUCAAAUAUGCCAGGAAUUUAGCAACCCUCGUGUCGUUUCCCAUCUAUGCGCCUACCCCGAGGAUGCUGGUAAUAAGCUCGAGCAAGCGUGGCAAGCCGACCGCUGGCUGAAAGAGAUCGAACCUGCAUUAACGACGCCAAUGAUACGUGCACACGGUCACGACUUUUACAUCUUCGAACCAACAAAGCUCAAUGACGGACGUAUCGUCUUGCCCACACGGUGGUUCUUCCGGACCAAGCACGAAAAUGGCAAGGCUGUCCGCCACUUCUUUGGUCAGGCCUGUAAGCUGGAGCCCGUUGUAACCGAUCAAGGGCCCAGUGGGUACAUUGCUGUGGAACAUGAGACACUGGAGAUUGAUGCUCGUGAUCUCCUGUUCCCUUUUCCUAGGCUAGUUGAUACUUUUCAUUUGGAUCAUCUUCCCGAUCCUCGAGUAAUGUUGGGUCUGUGCACUGUGAAAGAGGCAGGUCAAGGUGUCCUACCAUGGACACACACUCAAGACCCUUCGCUAGGCAAUGACUGGCGCGUGAAAUCCAAGGGCCACCGGGUUGAGGCCAUGAUGAUGUGGCUAUAUUGUGACGACACGUCCGGCAACCUCUCGAAGAAGUGGAACAAGCACAACUCUUUUUUGUGGACACCGGCUGGCCUUCCGCGCGACAUGGCUCAAAAGCAAUACAAUGUACAUUUCCUAGCUACAUCAAACAUUGCUCCUCCCUUAGAAAUGCUGGAUGGAGUGGCAGCCGACUUGGAGGCUGCUCAACGUGAUGGCAUCUGGGCAUGGGAUGUUGCAGCCCAGGAAUUAGUGCUUGUGUUUCCCAUCGUACUCGCGCUGCUCGGGGAUAAUCCGAUGCAAAGCGAGUUUGCAUGCCACAUUGGGCUGCGUGGAAAAUUUUUCUGUCGAGCAUGCUGGGUCAAGGGCAGAGAUGCCGACGACGAGAACGGCACAGUCCCCCAAAGGACUAUCAUUCCUGACAUGUCGCCUGUGCCGCGAAUUGGGAUGAUGUCUGGGCAACUGUUACCUCCCAAAAAGCGAAAGGCGAGGGGGCUUGAGACGCUGCAGCAACUGGCGGAUCGAGCACGCCGUUUUUUGGCACCAACAGCCAUGCGAAACGGGGAGGAUACCCAACGCAAGCUCCGUUCCAUAUUCAAAACGGUGCAGAGGGUCGGAGGAAUGAGCCAGGCAGCAAAAUUGCACACCGCAUACGGGGUAAAAGAUACUUAUCAAGACUCUUUCAUCGACAGAAUUGCGACCCUCACACGCAAACUGACUGGGUCCAUGGCAUCAAGACAGAAGAAGGUGGAUGAUCUAGUGGCAACAUUUCCAAUGGACACCUUGAGCCCGGUGUGGCGUAUCAAAGGUUUGGACCCGCACUUAGACACCCCGGUGGAAAUUCUUCACGUGGUCUUACUAGGGUUCGUGAAGUACUUCUGGAGGGAUGCGAUUGCACGGCAGAACACAGAUCAGAAAGCAGUUCUCAUUGCGCGUCUGUGUUCCCUCAAUGUCUCCGGUCUGGGAUCAUCCAAACUUGUUGGACAGACUUUAGUUCAAUAUUCCGGGUCGCUGACAGGUAGAGAUUUUCGGGUCAUCGCACAGGUAGCACCUUUCGUGCUCUAUGAUCUGGUACCACGGGAAUGCUUUGAUGCAUGGUUGGCAUUGUCGCAGCUUGUACCUCUUGUAUGGCAGCCGUCGAUUCAGAAUCUUGAGCAGCAUCUGGUCGAAUUGAACCAUCGAAUCAAACAUUUUUUAUUGUGCACCGUCAAAUGGACACCACGUUGGUUUAACAAACCAAAAUUCCAUAUUAUUCAACACCUUGCUUUUCACAUCCGCCGUUUUGGUCCCGCCAUCCUGUUCGCAACAGAGUCCUUCGAGUCUUUCAAUGGGGUAAUUAGAGAUCACAGUGUCCAUAGCAAUAGGCAUGCUCCAUCACGGGACAUUGCCCUUGGCUUUGGGCACUACAGUCGGGUGCGCCAUCUUAUGAGUGGAGGUGUUGUCUUGUCCCGAGAGCCUGGAGAGUCUGUACAAGGAUCGAGGCAUUCACGGGGCGGGCUGUCCCCUCCGGUCAAUCAUAGAGGGCUUGGUAUGGAUCCACGAGUGUGGUGCAUGGCAGGACCAGAUGCUCUGGCGCUGGUGUGCACCAGUGGUGUGCGCGUCAACUUUGUCGCAAGGCAGUUGGGCUUGAGCGACCCCGUGCAUUUGCCAGAUUCCAUUCCCAAUCCCCAUCUACAUCAGUACCUCACCUGCUCUUCGGUUACUGGCCACAAUGGCGAGCGUGUCGAGGUUUAUUCAUGGGUUUUGACACAGAAGACACGCUCACCUGACUCUCCUAUUCGUGUCGCAAGGGUGGUUGAGAUUUUGCAAGUCUAUGGGACAUCUCAACAGCUAAAUGGGUGUGCCGAUCUCAUCCUGGUCCUGUUUCAUGAUGUAUCACAGCUAGCACCGACCUACAUGCUGCCUUCCCUAGUCCCGCAAGAAUGGGGUCUUAUCUCUGCCAAAGAUCUUCUUUGUCCUGUGAAUGUGCAACACAAUUGUGCGAUGCACAAGUGUGAUACUUCUGCACAGAUACCUGUACGACAAGAAAACGAACUCACGACAACAACUCGACGGGCAGUGUGUCACAAGGGUAGGCUGGACUAUGUCCUCAACGUUGGCCAGCUUCAUGAUGCAUGCCACAUGACUAGCUUUCGAGUUGCCCCUCCAUUUAUUGACGAGGACACUGCCAUCCUCACGGGCGCUGCACGUGAAAUAGAUUCACGCAAGCGAGACGACACUUCAACCGCGGUGUUGUUGGGCCAUGGUGCUUUGCGAGGGAGGGCCCGUGCUUCCAGAUCAAAUGGCACUGCUACGGGGCUAUCUUCAGACAUCAUGCAAGGGUCUUUACGGGGCAGCACAAGCACAAGCGCCUAA